UUUAGAGGCGGAGCCACCUGGGGCUAUAAAAGCACCUGCCAACCGGGUAGAGCGGCAGAAGGAGGCCGGAGACCUUGGAGGCUGGCUCGGGGAGGUCAGCAGGAGCGUUCAUGCCGGGCACUCUGCUUUCCUGGGCUCACCUGUGUUUGCAAUGGAGGCCGUCCAACCAGGGCCUUACCUGGCCCCACAGGUGGCCCCGCAGCCGGUCCUGGAUUCGGAUUCCGACUCGGACGGUCCAGCUUUGGCCGGCGGCCUUCCCAAGGCCGGGACCUCGGCCCGUUCCCAGGUCAUCCACAGCGGUCACUUCAUGCUGUCCUCUCCGCACGGCCACCACCGGGCCCCCGACCCUCCCGGCAUCGACCCCACCUUGACGCGGCUCUUUGAGUGCAUGAGCCUGGCCUACAGUGGCAAAUUGGUGUCCCCCAAAUGGAAGAAUUUCAAGGGUCUCCGCCUGCUUUGCCGGGACAAGAUCCGCCUGAACAAUGCCAUCUGGAGAGCUUGGUAUAUACAAUAUGUGGAACGCAGGAAGAGCCCUGUGUGUGGCUUUGUCACUCCGCUGGACGGAUCGGAAGCAGACGCCCACCGGAAGCCGGAAGCCGUUGUACUGGAGGGGAACUACUGGAAGCGCCGGAUCGAGGUGGUGAUGAAGGAGUACCACAAGUGGCGGAUCUACUACAAGAAAAGGCUCCACAGAUUCAGCCGGGAAGGCGAAAUAUCAAGUCCCAAACCGGGUGACGAGGCAUGGAAGCCCACCAACCAUUGGUGCGACCAGCUCUUUUCCAACGUGGUCCCGAUGCUCUUGAGGGACAAAGGGGAGGAGGAGGACGCGGAAGGGAGACAGCUCUUUGACUUGGACAGUUUCCUUUCGGACAUUUCCGACACUCUCUUCACCAUGACCCAGGCUGGAUGCCCCCCUCAACCGGCUCCAGAUGAAGCCUACAUUGGCAACGCGGACAUGAUCCAGCCGGACCUGGCCCCGCUGCAGCCAAAUAUGGACGACUUCAUGGAGAUAUCUGACUUCUUCUCUGCUCCGCGCCUGCUGCCAGCCCAGGCCCCGAUGGCCUUCCAGGACCAAGGCUGCUUUGGGACCCUUCCGGAGCCCCUCUGCCUCAGCACCGUUGCCGGCAGCGAUGGCUCUGGCGCCGCCAACCUCCUCCCUGCGUGCCCCGCCAGCUCCCCACAGGCGCCCAGCCCUCGACUGCAGACUUCGGGGGGAUUUCCCGCCCAGCUGGGCUCCUCUCCGGGGGUCUUCCUCAGCCCUGACCCCCCUCCAGCCCCAAUAUCGGGCGGCCUGGCCCCAAGUCUCAAGCCCCCCAAGCCCCCCAUGGGAUGCAACCUGCCAGGCAAAUGGCUGGGCUUGGACUCCUAUCCCUCUUAUGACCCCGGGUGCCCCCUGACCUCGCCCACCCACCCCCGGCUGCCUUACCUGCCCUCCGCCCUCUUCCCCCGCUUGACCCCUUCCCCGUCCUUCUCCGGUUUCCCCCCGAAUGUGCCAAUCUAUGGGGUUGACCCACCUUCUCCUGGGUACCCGCACCCUCCUUUCGGCGCCCCACAUUUGCACCCGGAGAUGCCCCUUUUGGGGAUGGGCCGAAGUGACGAGAGACCAAAGGCCAAGGGUUCAAGCACCAAGGCCAAGAGAGGCCCCCGGCCAGCGCCUGACUCUGUGCCCAAUCCUUGCCUGGCGCAGCUGCUGACCACAGCCAAACCAGAGCCCAGCCUGGAAGCACUGCCCACCUCUCCUCCUGGACAGAAUGUGAUCCCCUCAACAUCCGAAUCUUUGCACAGCAUUUUUUGCGAAGACCCCGUCGGCUACUUGCCCCGAAUGGGACAACCGAGUCCCCGUCUCUCCCCAUCCUCCAGCCCCUCCGGAUCGGUCUCUGUCGCCCCUUCAGCCCCCCUCGUGCCCAAGACGGAGCGCUUGUCCCCAACCCCGGUCUGCGCAGUCAAUACCCGAAGGAUGUCUGAACAGGGUUCCCCGGUCUCUGUUGAGGGGCUGGUUACUCUCAAUCCAUAUUCAAGCCCUCGGAGCCGAACGGAACCAAAUAAGACGGAGAGCCGCCGCAUCACUCACAUCUCCGCAGAGCAGAAGCGCCGGUUCAACAUCAAGGUGGGCUUUGACACGCUCCAUGGGCUCGUGAGCACCCUCAGCGCCCAGCCCAGCCUCAAGGUCAGCAAAGCCACAACUUUGCAAAAGACGGCCGAAUACAUCUGCAAGCUGCAGCAAGAGCGGACGGCGCUGCAGGACGAGGCCCAGCGACUGCGGGACCAAAUCGAGGGACUGAAUGCCGCCAUCAACGUUUGCCAACAGCAGCUGCCUGACACUGGGGUGCCCAUCACUCGCCAGCGCUUCGACCAGAUGCGGGAGAUGUUCGACCAGUACGUUCGCUCCUGCACCUUGCAGAACUGGAAAUUUUGGGUUUUCAGCAUCAUCAUGCGCCCGCUUUUCGAAUCCUUCAACGGGAUGGUGUCCACCUCCAGCAUCGAGAGCUUGAGCCAGACCUCCUUGGCUUGGUUAGACCAAUACUGCUCCCUCCCAGCGCUGCGGCCCACGGUCCUAAGCUCCCUCCGCCAACUCAGCGUCUCCACUUCCAUCCUGACCAACCCGGGGGCCAUCCCCGAACAGGCGGCCCAAGCCGUGACCGGCACAAUGGCCCACCACGCCUCCUCCUAGCCUCAAGGAGCCCACCUCGCAUGGUCGGCGUUGGAAGGAGAGGACGGGAUCAUCUCAAACAACAUCGGAGAGGAUUCGGAAACAUUUUGAAGAUGCGUUCUCAUCUCUGUUGCCUGACUUUCCCAUUGCCCUUGACAUACAUUUUGCAGUGCAAUACUGUCAAUGGCCACUAGAUGGUGGCAAAGGAUUGGAAAUUACAUUAAUAAGUGUCUUAAGAAGCAUACAAAUGACUGUUACUUUUCUAAUUACUUUUGUAUUAUUAAUAAUAUGGGAUUGAUUUGCACAAGAAGAGGUUGAUUGAGGAGGCCAAGGUUCCGAAAAAGGGGAAACAAGGAAAUAAUCAAGGAGGAAAUGUCAAUUUUUGGGCAGGGAUUUCGAUGUCUGGUAUUGCAGCGAAUUAAUAAGUAAUGUUAUGAUAUGAAGACCGUAUAUAUAUAUGAAUAUGAUAUUAAAUUAAAUUAAAUGUCCUGUUAGAGAUGAAGGUUGGGUCUGCUUGUGUUGGAAUGACUUUUGAAUAAUAAAUAUUUGAAUGGC